AUCAGUAAGGGAAGUUUCUCUGAGAUUGCUUGCUUGCACUGUCAGAAUAAAAGCAGAACGCAAAGUGCCAAGGAUAUUACCUUUCGAAAACGCCUGAAGAAUAUCCAGAAUGAGUCAAGCUGAGGAAACCAGUACCCAUGUGACAUGGAGCACUGUGAAGCUGGUAGUUUGCGUGAUACUGAGCUUGUCAUUUAUUAUUGGGACUCCUGGAAAUUGCAUUGUCAUCUGGACUGUUUGUACUAAAAUGAAGCAAGUGUCUCCUUCAGUCCUGCUGAUCUUGAACCUGGCCAUUGCAGAUAUCCUCGUACUGAUCACUUUGCCUAUCUGGAUUUACUCCUUUGCUGACUCAUGGGUUUUUGGAAUCAUCUUCUGCAAAAUACUGGUCUUCAUUAUUUACUGCAGCAUGUAUGCUAGUAUAUUUCUGAUUACAGCACUGAGCUUGGAGAGAUUAAUGGCUGUGUUUUACCCUUUUGCUGUUCAGAGAUACAGAACAAAGGAAAAGACUUCUAUAAUCAUGGUCUUCAUUUGGUUCCUGUCUAUAGCUCUUGGUAUUUCUAUCAUUCCAUUUCAAGAGACAGACGAAAUCAAUGGUGGGCAGCAAUGCACGUGUCGCAACUACUCCUCUAUUAAACAGAAAGUGUCGUAUCUUUUGCUGGAAACUCUUGCAGGUUUUGUAAUUCCUUUUCUAAUUAUAUGCACCUCUUAUGUGUGUGUUGCAAAAAGAAUAAGCAAAAUGACUUACCGGUCAAAGCAGCGAUCAGAACGGCUCAUUACCAGCAUUGUGGUGGCAUUCAUUUUGUGCUGGUUUCCUCAUCAUCUUUUCAACAUCCUAGAUAUCAUUUCAAUUGAGAUAGAGCACUCUGAGGAAAUGUAUUUGACUCUGGAAAAAAUUGUAGACAUAGGAGAGUAUAUCUCUGGAGCACUUGUGUUUGUCAGUAGCUGCAUUAAUCCUCUACUUUAUGCUUUUGCUGCACGAAAAUUUCAGAAUCACCUGAGAAUUGCCAAGAUAUCCAAACUCUUUGAACAGAUGAGUCAGACUGUAACAGACGAAGACAAGAAGAAGAGUCAUUCUGUAGUCAAACAAGAGACUGCUUCAGUAGGCAUGGAAAAUCUCUAACAAAGAACAUAAACUUAGUUAAUAACGGGGUCCUGGGGCAUCCACUCAGUAGUUCUUACACGUAGGGACAAGUAAAUGUUAGUACAGUUUUGUAUGUUUUAAAAGAGUUGUCAGUAAAGCCUUGUUUGGUUCCUAAGCUGGUAUCCACAUCACAGAAUCGGGCACUUCAACGAUGCUGAGAACCUCAUCAAGGUGGCUGGAGGUUUGAAGUAAGGAAUGCAAUAUUUUUACUCUGCAGUAGAGUUGUGAUUUUUAGAAAAAAUGUGGAAAACAACAUUUACAUGGAAAACAAAAUUUGGAAAUUUAAAACUUGUUUUUGUGGAGCAAAACCUGAAGUGGUCAAAAAAUCCCCAUAUAUAUAAUCUGAAGUUCUAAGUGAGCAAGCUUGGAUUCUUAUUAUGGGUAAGAAUGGAUUUCAAGAUGAUUAAUGGCACAUAAAAUUUUUAUACAGGACUUCAUUUAGGCUUAAAAGUAACAACUUUUACACAAAUUCAUUUACAGAAGAAUCUUAUGUUAAUGUGAAGUAAAGUAUUAGGAAUGCCAUGCAUCUUCAGAAAAAGAUACAAGAAAUCUGUGUUUCAUGACAGUUACAGACCUCAAGCUAUACUUGGUUUAUAUACAUAACUCAGUGGCAACUGAACUAUUGAUAUAUCUAAUAUUCAUAGUAUGAGUAUUCUCAAAUGGUUUGACUCAGUUGAGCUCUCAAGAUGUCUAGUAAAGUUCUGGAGGAAUUUAAUCAAAGCCUACAGUGAGGGAAGGAGACAUCGGUGAGAUUCUUUUACAUGUAAGAAUGUUAUGGCAAUAGUAUGAAGUGCCUGAUAUCCUAAGAAUUUCACCUUGCACAUAGAAGCUUUUUUUUUUCUCUUGUAAAAUAGAGUAAAACUUGCUUUAAAGAAGCAAAUACAUUUAGGACUUGCAAGGAAUUUAUUUUUCUUUUGUGAAUGCAAACUCACUGAAAAAACUGCAUGGCAUCAGAUGUUUGCUUUCAAUGGGUAUUUUUAAUUUCUGUUUGUGCUUGACAUUUUUUAUACUUUCUUUUGCUUAUUUUUUUAAUCAUUGAUUUGUAAUAAGAUGAAGAUAACUACUGACUACUAAGACUUACUGUUACUAUCUUUCUAUUGUAAUAUCCUGCAGAUUGUGUUUUGGACAGCUGCAAAUAGUUUUGUAACUCAUAUUACAGAGAAAUUGUGAAGGACUAACUAGAACUUAAUUUUGAAGAGCUUAUUAUUUAAGACAAGGAAAUUUGAGUGACAUCAAUUUAGCUUGUGAAGUGGAAUAACACAGAGAAAUAAAUCCUUAUAUAUUAAUAGAAUAUUUCUAAUCAUUUUGCAUACGUAUUUGUUAUUCCUGCUUUCUAUGAAAAAGACAUUUUUUCUUCUCAUUGAAAAGGAAGCCCACACCAUACUUUCCCACACCAAUGACUUUCCAUCAAUUGGACUCCUUCACUGAGAUUAAAAGAGAGAAAACUUCAGCAGGACCUUGUUUACAGCAGAGUAAGAAGCAGAUGAAAUCCUUUAAAUUUAAUCCAAUAAAACUACCACUUUUUUCACCCCAAUAAUUAUUCCUUAAUUGCUGCUAGCAUAUUAAAUAUAGCAGUACCUUCUAAUAAUGGUAGCAACUUUAUUAUCUACUGUAUAAAAAAGCAAAGAUAUUUCCUAGUACGUUUUUGAGAUAACAGUCAUUCUAUUCAAUGACAACAGAACUGAUGAAGGGACAAUAAGCACAAAAAUAGUGUAACUUAGUUAGGGUCCUAGGGCACAGGAAACCUUCACAACUUACAUCUAGGAAAAAACAGUAUCUGAGUGGAAUUUUCUAUCAGUCUGUCCUGCACCUAGUUAUCAUCAAUCCUAGGAGAUCAGCUAAGCCGUUUAAUCAUGUGUGUGUGUGAGGCAUCCAUCUCUUCUGGUGCUAUUUGCUAUUCAAGAAGCCUUCCAGGUGCAUUUCUUGCAUUUUAAUGCCUAAUGCCCAACCCAGGAUGAACUAUAAAGAGCUUAGGGACCAGAUACAUAGUCUGUGCAGUAUUGCCUACUGCAGUAAAGGAUGCUAAAGCAGCAGCCUUGACUAAUUUCACCUUUCUACAAAGCAGAUGGAGCUAAUUCUUGCAAAUGCUGGUUUGCACUGAUAAGAGCCACUGAUGUAAUAUUUUGGCAGCAGGGCUGUAACAUAAGCAGAUCCACAAGAGUCGAUGUAGACGUAUAAGCUGAUGACAUGGUUGACUGCUUCUUCCUUUUAAAUGUAUACAACACACCUGUCAAUGCUGCAACAUUUACCACUCCAUUUAUACUAACCUGAGGUCUGACAGUACUACACGCUAAAACAGGCCAUUCAGCCAGCAGACAUUGGAUAUUCUUGCCUUAAAAUACUGAAUCCCAGCCAAACCUAAAACCUGGCAUAGAUCUGGUGCAAAAUGCUGCAUCUUAUGAUGGUGAUACUUCAUGACUGCUGUUGACUACAUUUUAUGUUCAUUCUGUAGAUUGUAUUGGAAUGUUAAUAGCAAACAAUUCCCUUGAUCCCAGGCAGUUCCAAGUAGUGACCUGGAGACAAAAGCAGUCUUACUAAUAAACUCAGAUAACUCAGUGAUAUCUCAGGUAUUCCAAAUUCUGUCUGAGAAAAAUGAGGUUUCAUCUUGCUUAAGUUCCUCUUGUUUUUCUUACUUCCCAAUUCUGUGGUCCUUGUUUAUGAAGCCUGUCUCUGUGGCUUCAGUGUCUAGCUAUUUCUCAUGACACAGCAAGAAGAAAGGCUGAGCUAAGUGGGGUGACUUCAGUCACCUGAGUCAAAUCACCUCAGCUUACACUGAAGUGCACGGAACAUUACGUGGAAUCAAUGCAACACUGCUCAGAACACUGUGUACUGGGAGGUAAAAAGAAAAAAAAAAAGAUUCCAGGUGCUUUGAACUUCUCAUUUGUUUGUAAAAAAUGAGAAUCUUCUAACAUCAAGCUCUAACUUAAAUCUUAUCAGCCCGAUGAACAUUCUAUGGGCAUACA